AUUUCAAUAUGUCAGUAAUGCAAGAGGCUUUAAAUAAUACUAAGACAAUUCUCUGGUGAUCCUGCUAGAAAUCCAACAUACACCUUACGAAGCAAUUACACCUUAUAAUUUUCACUUGACUUCAGUCAAACAAACAGACAGAUAUUUUGAAUUUAUUUGCUGAAUCUCUACCCGGAAACUCCAGACCGUAAGCGUGUAAUAAAUAACGUGCGCUGUGCUGUGAAUGUAUUAAAUUAUAGGUGCUGGAGAAUGAGGGGAAGCGUAGCAUACCUGCGCUGACGGACCUAAGCGAUGGAACCCCGCGCUGGUGGAAACGGCGAGCUAAAGGGGUUUCCUGUGCUGGAACUUGAUCGGUUUGACACUGGACGCGCAGGUGAAGUAAAUUAGAUUUAUUGGAAGCCUUUCUUCGCUGUCAGAAACGAUCUCUGAGCCGUGCAUUGUUAGCUCUAAGACGAGAAGUUUUCGUUCUCCGGUACCAGGAAUUGCGAUCUGCUGGUGAAAAUGGAAACAUCUUUAUUACACCUCACGUCUUUCCCCCACCCACGUCAAUAUCAGUACAUGUGAAGUGUACAACUUUGGAAGUUCAGAUGGACUCGGGGAGUUAACUGUGACUUCAAGCGGCCGCUGCAAUAAAAUUCACUACCUACUCCAAUCGGAUCGUGAGCAGAGAAGGUAUUGAAUUAAAGCGUGGAUCAAAAUGUGCAUGGUCCUUUGCAUGGCUUUUGCGUUAAUGUAAACUCCAUCGGAUAUUCAAUGUGAAAAGAGUCGCCCACCUGAAUUCGGUGCACGUGCACGCAGAACUUCGGCAGGGAUAACAAUCUGGAGGAAAGAGAGGCAAGCUGAAGAGGGGAUUCUUUACGAUCAGAUGCAAGAACGGCAAUGCAAGCAUAGUUUAGUGGAGAGCCACAAAACUUCGCCGGUUUUCCACACGUCCUCUGACAUUGCACCUACAAAUGUUUUGCGAAGAAAGGGGAGUUAAACGGGAUAUCAGUCUGUCCUAGUGUCAUCCAACUGAUGUCGCGAGUGGAGUGAGAGAUCAAAGCUGUGUUUGAUGGGAAAAAAAAGAUUAAAUAGUAAUUAUUUUUAACGCUCCGGAUGGCUUGCCUGUCCAUUUCCAGUUACUGAAACGGACGGGGCCAACAACACUGGACGGGUGGAAUUCUGUUUUAGAUAUUUAAUGAGAUUUUCUAUCCCCAAUGGGAAGGUCGCCUUUAAUUUUGAAUUUCCUUUUAAAUGACCGAGAGAUCAGAUCUUACCUCAACACUGACUGAAAUGGAUUAUCUUAAACUUUUACUAAAUAUGGAUGCGCUUGGGUUUGGAUUCUCGGACGUGCUCCUUUCGGAUCAUAUCGAUGCAUAUGGAAGUUGAUUGUCAUGAAGACAAUAUUUUUGUGAUGAAGCAUAUGUGAAAGCGAAGCAGCGUCUAUCAAAUGCAAAUGAGUUUACUCGCUUUGACAGAGAGCAUGUCACGAUCAUUUACCAGGAGGCUGUCCCGGCUCGUAGCUCUGAUCUUCCUUACUCUGCUGGUGUCCCCGGCCUGCCUGUCGUCCCAACAUCCAUCUUGGGUGUCGCCCUGGGGACCGCAGGGGCGUGCGGCCCGCGCUCGCCGCCAGCUGCACUUCAGGAACGAGUGGGCGUCCUGGAGCGGCUGGUCAGUCUGCUCCCGCACCUGUGGGGGCGGGGCCUCCGUUCGAACCCGCACCUGCAUCACUAGGAACCCAGUUGGGGGACCAUGUGCAGGAGAUCCCAGGCAGUAUAAGAUCUGUAAUACUAAGGAAUGUCCUGUGGGGACUAUGGAUUUUCGAGAGAUGCAAUGCACUGCUUUCAAUGACAGGCCCCUGGUGGCUGGAAACCGCUACAAGUGGACAACCUUCUAUGGAGGCCCUAAUCCCUGUGAGCUCAGCUGCCUCGCCCUGGGACACAAUUUCUACUACAACUUUGGGCGGGUGCUGGACGGCACAUCUUGCCAGAAGGAGACGGGGGCCAUCUGCGUUAACGGCCGCUGUCUGAAGCCGGGCUGCGACCUGAUCCUGGGCUCGGAGCAGCAGGAGGACGCCUGCAUGGUGUGUGGAGGGCACAACACCACCUGCCUGCAGCACCGCAGUGUGUACCAGGACAACGGGCACGGCGCCGCAGGCCCUUUCGGAUAUAGUGAAGUCACCAUGAUUCCGGCGGGAGCCACCCACAUCCGAGUGAUGGACAACAGCAAUAACUACCUGGCGCUCCAGGACGGGCGUUCCCAGUUCGUCAUUAACGGGGACUGGAAGAUCAGUGUGCCGGGGGAGUACAGUGUGGCUGGCACCAAGCUCCUAUACCGCCGUUCCUCAGACAACAGGGAGAGCUUCGAGGUCCCCGGGCCCACGCAAGAGGACCUGCACGUCAUGGUGCUCUCCACCGAUAAGAAUUCUGGGAUAGAGUACGAGUACUGGCUGCCCCCAGACCGCUAUGCCCUCUAUCACGGGAGAAGGAGCCAACUGCGCGAGCCGCACCAUAGUGCCAGCUUCACGCCGUGGCGACCGCCAACGACUACAACCACUACAACCACCACCAGCACCAGGGCCCCACCCGCCACCACACGGCCAUACUGGGUGCCUGCAGGUGGCUGGCCGGUGCAACCCCCGCGACAGCAGCCCCAGCCCCGCUUGGAGAGGGAUGAGAACCGCCGGAACCUGCUCCCCCGGCCGUCCCGCGGAGGGCAUUGUGGGAAGUGUAGGAAGGUUCGAGGCCGUGGAGAACGCAAGAGACAGUACUGCCAAAAGGACUUUGUUUUUCGAGCCAAGGUCCUGGGGAAAGUGUACCGGGGUGAAGAGACGCGCUACGAUGUGCAGAUCAUCCACACGUACCGGAACCGUUUCCGCCUGGAGCACCGCGAGUUCCUGUGGGUGCCCAACGUGUGUGACUGUCCCGAGCUCGACGAGGGCCGCCAGUACGUGCUGAUGGCCCGCCGCCACAUCAACUACGAGCACACACUCAACCGCAUACUGCUGGAGGAGGACAGCUAUGUCCAGCCCUACCGGCCCCGCGAGGACGCUCAACUGCGCCCCCUGGAGGAGCUUUGCAGUAACCGUGGAGAUAGGCCACCAACUCGGCGAAGGGGCUAGUGGGCAUGGACACAAAUAUACAAACGCAUGCGCAAACACACAAGCACCUCCCCUUCACUGUACACUUGCUAGUCAUGUGUUUCAUUCUCAUUCAGUCAAACAGGGGGUUCCUGAGUAUGUGAAUCAACCAAAUCAUGGUAUUCUCCAGUAUCCUCGCUCACAGACAGGCUCUGGACUCUUCUUAAGUGACUGUUGAUUCGGUUUGGUCUCUGAGUCCACACUGGAGCAAACAAUCAGCCGUUGAAUGUGGGAAGAGGGCUGCUGAAGCAGGAAAGCAUUUAAAUCUGGGAAAUGGCAAACACCAAAAGCAGUCUUUGCCCGGAGCCUGCAAGAGCUUGUCUCUUCACGCAGUGUAGCACUUUAGGUGGGGAUAAAAAAGGACCCACCUUUAAACUUCAGAUACCAAAGAGCAGAAAUACUGCCUUCAGAGCAUUGCAGUCACAUGCUUCAUAUGACACCAGUGAUUUCUUCUGGCCAAUCGUAUUGCUGCUUGUCUGGGUUGACACCAGCCAAUCACUGUGUGUGUUGAAAAAUAAUUUGCAUUUUUCAACUUUCCUCUGU